UUUCCGUUUCCGCUUGGGCUGGGGUUGGAGAGGGUUGCAACUGGAGCUGAAGCCCCAUCUAUGCUUGGCUGCUUCUGUUCUCCAGGCUUUGCUGUUGGACGCGGCCUUGGAAGAGGUGCCUUAAGGGUGUGCAGUGGAUGGGGGGGUGGAGGAUAUGCCUGGGGGGGAAUUUUCUCCACCCCCUCCGUGAGUGAACCUCUGCUGCGUGUGCCUCCCUCAGCUAGGGAAUCUUUCAGACCAGUGCACUUAAGUUGCCCAAAGACUUCGAGCCAAUCUGACCUCCCUGGAGGGCCCCCAUUGCUCUCCAGGCCGUCGCUGUAAUUUCUGCCUCCUUCCUUUGCCGCAUGUGCCAAAUGCAACUUUGUGAACCGACAAGCCCAGUGCCAGCUCUCUGCCGAUGGGCCUGGCAUUAAAAUGGUGCCUGAAUCUCUGUGACGAGGCUGACCCACCCAGAAAGGGAGGCUGCAGAGGGGUGGUGGAGGCCCUGGCAUGGAGAGCUCUGACCAGCGGUUGGUGCUGGGCAUGAACAUGGGCGAUGGGCGGCAGACGCCUCCCGGGGAGCUGCGGACACCCACUGAAGAAGGGGAGGAGCAGAGAACACCUGUGCCUGAAGCGAUUUGUGAUGGUGGUGGGGAUGCCAAGAUCCCCCAGCGGAAAGAAGAGGAGGAGGAGGAAGAGCUGGACCCUCGCAUCCAGGAGGAGCUGGAGCACCUCAAUCAGGCCAACGAGGAAAUCAACCGCGUGGAACUGCAGCUGGAUGAGGCCCGUACCACAUACCGAAGGAUCUUGUCGGAAUCUGCCAGGAAGCUUAAUGCUCAGGGCUCCCAGCUGGGCAACUGCAUUGAGAAAGCACGCCCUUAUUACGAGGCCAGGCGCUUGGCCAAGGAGGCGCAGCAGGAGACCCAGAAGGCCGCGCUGCGGUACGAACGGGCAGUUAGCAUGCACAACGCGGCCCGUGAGAUGGUUUUCGUGGCUGAGCAGGGAGUCAUGGCGGACAAGAACCGGCUGGAUCCCACGUGGCAGGAGAUGCUCAACCACGCAACGUGCAAGGUGAACGAGGCUGAGGAGGAGCGGCUGCGCAGCGAGCGAGAGCACCAGCGCGUCACCCAGCUCUGCCAGCAAGCUGAGGCCAAGGUCCAGUCCCUGCAGAAGUCCUUGAAGCGGGUCAUUGUGAAGAGCAAGCCCUACUUUGAGCUGAAGGCUCAGUUCAACCAAAUCCUCGAGGAGCACAAGGCCAGGGUAACGUCCCUGGAGCAGCAGGUAGCCCAGGCCAAGAUGCGCUAUUCCGUGGCCUUGCGGAACCUGGAACAGAUCAGCGAGCAGAUCCAUGCCCGGCGGCUCCAGCGCCUGGUCGGGCGGCGGGCUUCCCCGGUGGGUGCCGAAGCCAGCCCGGCGCUGAUGUACGGAGGGAUGGCGCUCCCUCCCGAGCCUGCUGCCUCUGCCGACACCCUCUCGGUGCUCAGCUUCCAGACCAUCGCCUCCGACCUGCAGAAGUUUGACUCAGUGGAGCACCUGCUGGGGCUGUCCGACGCCGCCAGCCUCAACAGCGACGAGCUGGAGGAGAGGGAGCAGCGGCGCAACGCCCAGCCCCACUCCUUCAAGCACCACCGCAGCAUCAGCCUCUGACAUCCCCACUCCCCCUUGCCAUAUUCCUGCCACAGUCCCUUUAAAGCCUGUCCUUCUGGAGAAGUGGGAGGCAGCCAGGAACAGAGGCACAAGGAGGAGUCACAGGGGGAGGCGGCUCUUUGAGUGGGCGGGUCAUGUAGCAUCUUUGGCCUGGCCCAUCUGAAGGGAUCCUUCCCCCUGUGUAGCCUUUGGUGCAACCCCGGCUCCCGGACGCUUCUCCUGCUACCAGCACGGUGGGCUCAUACAGGCCCCAGUUGCUUGUAGACGUUGGCUUUUGAGCCCCACUGUUCUUAGUCCGUAAGGCUGCCAUUUCCCCCCCCCCCCCCAGCAUGCACCUGUUUCCCGGGAGCAUUGCAUGCUGGAUGUAAUUCUGCACUCUUGCACAUUUCUCCUAGCUUGCUGGAUUAUCGCUGGUGGUGCCACCGUCUUCAGCUGAGCGGAGGCCAAGAACGAGGAGGAGCGAUGUGCUGUUUUUACAUGAUUGUUUUUGUGUUGGUGGUUGGGGAAAGGCAAGACCAAGUGGGCUGCAGAGGUGCUCCUGUACAGAUGCUCCCCAGCUCCUGUCACUGUAUCCGACACCCCCACUCCGCUUUCAUUGAAUUGCCCCCCCCACUGCCCAAGGCUAUACAAUAUGGCCUUUUUAAAUGGAACUCUGGUUUCCCCCUCCCCGGGGCCUUGACACUACAGUAUAACAAGAGGUAUGCCGUUUGUUCCUCCCUAGCCCACUCGGCUCAUCCCAGUUUGCCACCUGUGCUUCUUGGGAUGUGAUUUGCACUAGUAAGUGGCAAACGUUGGGGCUGGGAAGUCUCUCUCUUUCUCUCUGCUCCCAGCAUUUUGUGGAUGGUGGCAACUCCUGCCUCUCAAACAGGUUUGCUGGACAACGGCUGUGAUGAGAACCGGUUGCGGGUUCGAGGCAGCCUGAUAGCGACUCUGUGUAUGCGUGUUUGUAUGACCGGCUUCUGCUGUGUAUUUUAUUUAAAGUAAAGUUUAUGCCCUAU